AUGGAAACAACUGGGAAUGCAUUAGAAUUUAUUCUCCAGAAAUGCCAGAUGUUGGAUUGGUUGAACCUGGAACAAAAUGUGGAGAUCAAAAGGGGCAUUGACUUCAAAGGAAGUACUGUAGGAUAUGCUCCCAUAGGCAGCCUCUGCAUGUCAAAGGAAUCUGUAGCAAUUAUUCAGGAUCAUUCCAAAGAAAUACAUUUGAUGGCAACUACAAUGGCCCAUGAGUUGGGUCAUAAUCUGGGCAUUAAUCAUGACACAAAUGGCUGUAAUUGCUCUGCUAACAUAUGCAUUAUGUCUCAGCAACUAAAGAAAUAUCAGAUAAGUCUGUUUCACAUAGAUAUGCCAUCAACCGUUUACAAUAACAAACCGUUUGAUUGUCAAAGUACCUGCUGUGAUGCUGCAACUUGUAAGCUGAAACCUGGGGCACAGUGUGACGCUGAAGAGUGUUGUGAGCAAUGCAGAUUUAAGAGUGCAAGAACAGUGUGCCGGCCAGCAAAGGAUGACUGUGACGAGGCUGAUCUCUGCACUGGCCAAUCGGCUGAGUGUCCCACAGAUAGCUUCAAGAGGAAUGGAGAACCAUGCCAAAACAACCAAGGUUACUGCUACAAUGGGAAAUGCCCCACCAUGCAUAAACAAUGUCUUGUUUCAUUAAAUAAUUCACCAUAUGCAAACGUGGCUCCGGAUGAAUGUUAUAAUAUAUAUAACCAAGGAAGGAAUGAUUUUGGCUACUGCAGAAGGGAAAAUGGUGUAAAGAUUCCAUGUGGACCACAGGAUGUAAAGUGUGGCAGGUUAUACUGCAGAUAUGGAAACAACAGGGAAUGCCUUAGAAAAUAUUUUCCAGAAAAGCCAGAUGUUGGAUUGGUUGAACCUGGAACAAAAUGUGGAGAUGGAAGGGUCUGCAGCAACGGGUAUUGUGUUGAUGUGCGGAUAGCCUACAGAUCAACCACUGGAUUCUCUAUAAUUUGA